AUUACAAUGGUGGCUGCUACACACACUUCCAUUCAUAAAGUACUUAUUGCAAAUCGUGGUGAGAUUGCUUGUAGAGUCAUACGUACUUGUCGACGGUUAGGCAUUGCAACUGUGGCUGUAUAUUCUGAUAGUGAUGAAAACGCACCUUUUGUGAAACUUGCUGAUGAAGCUUAUCAUAUUGGACCAUCCAUUGCAGCUGAAUCAUACUUGGUAGGUGAUAAUCUCAUCAAUGUCGCCAAACGAUCGGGUGCCGAUGCUCUUCAUCCUGGUUAUGGAUUCUUAUCUGAGAAUGCCGACUUUGCCGAACGUGUUGGUCAAGCUGGUAUCCAUUUUAUUGGUCCUUCUCCAGAUUCUAUUCGCGCUAUUGGGGAUAAGAUUGCUGCCAAGGUGUUUAUCAAAAAUCAUGCAUCCACUAUACCUUUGAUUCCUGGAUACAAUGGUGAAGAUCAAAGUGUAGAACGAUUAGAACAAGAAGCCAAAAAAAUUGAAUUCCCUGUCCUUUUGAAAGCCUCUGCUGGUGGUGGUGGAAAAGGGAUGCGUGCUGUCUAUGAUACCUCAAAAUUACGCGAAGAAAUCGAAGCAGCCAAGGGUGAAUCAUUACGUUCUUUUGGUUCGGACAAGUUAUUGAUUGAAAAAUACUUUGAAAGUAUCCGACAUGUUGAAAUUCAAAUCUUUGGGGACAAGUAUGGAAAUGUAUACCAUAUCAACGAACGUGAUUGCUCCAUUCAAAGACGACAUCAAAAAGUGGUAGAGGAGACACCAUCACCAGCUGUAGAUGAUGAUUUACGAAAACGAAUGACAACUGCUGCUGUAGAAUUGGGUCGAAAGCUAGGUUAUGUUGGUGCAGGAACGGCAGAAUUUAUCUUGGAUGAAAAAACGAAACGAUUUUACUUUUUGGAACUCAAUACUCGUUUACAAGUAGAACAUCCUAUUACUGAAGCUAUCUCUGGAUUGGAUCUUGUAGAAUUACAAUUAUUGGUGGCUCAAGGUGUCAACCUGAAAGAACUUGGUAUACUUGAUCAAAUCUCUUUCCAUGGUCAUGCAAUUGAAGUACGUCUUUGUGCUGAAGAUCCUGAUAAUGAUUUUGGUCCUCGAACUGGUAUCAUUCAAAAAUGGUCUCCUGCCAAUGCUGCUAAAGAUCUACCCGGCGUCCGCUAUGAUACUGGUAUUGAAGAUGGCUCUGAAAUCUCUGUUUUCUAUGAUUCUAUGGUGGCCAAAGUGAUUGUACACGCUCCUACACGUGAAGAAGCUAUUCGACGAAUGGUGAUGGCCUUGUCUCGAACUGUUAUUUUGGGCGUUACAACAAAUCAAAAGUUUCUUAUCAGCAUCAUGAACAAUCCUCGAUUCCAUUCUGGCACAUUCGAUACUAACUUUAUAGCCGUUGAAAAAGAUCGACUUUUCCACAAGACGACAACAGCUCUUAUCCAGAACAGUGUAGUGGCCGCUACUUUGUUUGACUGGUGUAUACGCAAAAAUCAACAAAUCCAUCUUCGUAAUGUAGCUCCCAACUGGCGAAAUGUUCCCUGGCGUCAUCCAAAGGUCCGUUAUCUCAUCAAUCGUGAACAAGAAGUCUCUAUCACUUAUGCCUAUCAAGGAAAUGAAAAUCGUGAUCAUCGUCAUGCCUUCCAAUGUAGUGUACAACUGGUGGAAACAGAAGAAAAGAAGGAUGAUGAUGAUCAAUCAUUGUCUCUCCAUGCCGUUUUAUAUGAUGCCGAUUUUGGAAAAGAAGUACCUGGCCCAAGAGGUGUAUUUGGUGGCAAAGGAUUACUUCGUGCAACCAUUGAUGGGUGUCAACAAUACUUUUACGUUACUCAACAAAUACAUGAUGUGAAUGAAAAAUCCAUUUUUGUUCAUGAUUUUAUUCAAGGCCAUCAAAUCGAAUUACUCAAGAUAGAUCGAUUGAAGAGUACUACUGCUACUGGAGAAGAUGAUCGAGUGACACCAUAUACCUCCUCUAUGCCUUGUCGUGUGCUCAAGAUAUUGGCUCCUAACGGCACCGUGGUCAGAAAGAAUGAUCCUUUGCUCUCCAUCGAAUCCAUGAAAACAGAAAUCAAGGUACUCAGUCGUCAUGAAGGUGUUGUCACCAUGCGUGUGGAAGAAGGUCAAUUGGUCGAUGCCCGUGUACUUUUAUGUCAAGUAGAUGAAAUCAAGAAAUAGUUUGAUCGUAGCUACGUUUUUUUUUAUAUAUUAUACGAUAUAUACAAUAAAAUAAUACUGUUUUAUUUUUGAAUCAC